AUGCUGCUCGACGAGACUCGGCCUGUUUCCCCCAUGGAAAUUUACUUCGCUCGGUGCCUCGGCUUCAGUUUUCUUACUAUCGCCGUUUUGACUAUGAUGUUGACCGGCUCCAUCCCUCUGACAUCCGAAAUUAAAGACUCUGUAACAACAGAUGAGGACGAUCCCAAGGCGCCAUACGCUAUACCCACUCUUAUGGUGACCUCUAUCUUCCAUACCGCAUGUGCUUUCUACGCGUACACCUGGUAUGUUACCGGUGGACAGGGUCUCUUUGCUGUUGGUGUUGCUGGAUACUCUAGUAUUGCGGCCGUUGGGUUGUGGUGCAUGCUAUUUGCUAGCAGCAAUGGCAGGAUCAGUCGCCGUACGGGUGCAGACAAGAGGACGACGGGGUUCCCUUUCAAGAACUCGGAAGCAGCAAAGAAGCACGGCAAGGGUCUGUAA